AUGACAGUGACGAGCAGACUAGACGACCUCGUCAAGUGUGCUCGAAAGGGUGACCUCCGCCGUGUUUGUAACAGCCUUGAUGCGCGCAGAGAUAACAUACGAGAGUCUAUGAGAGAGGCAAAGCAACGACUUGCGAAUGGACAACAUUUUUCUCACAAGUUGAGCAGCGAUGUAGCCGACCUCAAAACCAUACUCGAGCAUACGAAGUUCGCUCUUGCUGCCAAAAUCAUUGAUGCCCAUGUUGACUCCAUCGCUGAAGCAGAGCAAUUCCUGUCAGAUCACAGCAGAAGUAUGAGACCUCUGACGAAGUCCGAGAGGCAGAGCAGCAAUAAGGAUCGAAUUGCUGCACAGCGUCUCAGGAAAACAAUUGUCUCCCUAGAUAAGAGGAUAGCUGAUCCGUCUCAGUACGAAAAAAGAAACGCGGAGAAGACAAGAUUACGAAAACGAAAAGCGAUUAGGGACAUUCAGGAAAAAACCAAGAAAAUUAUAUCGAUACUGAGUUCGCCAGACUAUAUAGCCGACGAUGAUCUCAGAACACAAGGCAAUGCUCUCGUCGAAAAGGCAAAACGUCUUGUUUCAAAUCUCCAAUCACAGUUGGGACUCAAUGAUAAUGCUCAACCAACAUCUGAAGAAGAACAGAGCCAGACUAAGUGCGCUAGCGAUUCGAAGGAUGAUGACUACUACAACGACAUCGAGCAGGCUUUGCCGCGAAGUGCUUCACCUUGCCUUUCCAAAACACAGUCGUUCACAUCAAUGACGAUUUGGAAAGACGCUCUUGCACGAGACACCUCCCAGCGAAAGAGCAAGACGGAGUGGUAUACAUCUGAAGGUGACUUUGGCCUGGAACAUCUGCUUUAG